AUGAGGUAUCUUGCAUUUCCACCUCCAAAAAUGUCAGACCUUGAGGCUCCUCUACGCCCCAAGAGGAAGAAAAUCUGGGUGGAUUACUUUGUCCAAUUCCGAUGGAUUAUUGUCAUCUUUGUUGUCCUUCCUAUCUCCUUCACGCUGUAUUUCCUCACUUAUCUUGGGGAUGUCAGAUCUGAUUGGAAGUCCUACAAGCAGCGUCAGAAGGAACACGAUGACAAUGUUAAGAAAGUUGUGAAACGUCUCAGGCAGAGGAACCCAUCGAAGGAUGGUCUUGUCUGUACAGCCCGGAAACCCUGGAUUGCUGUUGGAAUGCGCAAUGUGGACUAUAAGCGUGCUCGGCAUUUUGAGGUUGAUCUUUCUGCCUUCCGUAACAUCCUCGAAAUUGACAAAGAGAGAAUGAUUGCCAGAGUUGAGCCUCUGGUCAAUAUGGGGCAGAUCACUAGAGUAACUGUCCCUAUGAAUCUUGCCCUUGCAGUUGUUGCCGAACUAGAUGAUCUGACUGUUGGUGGCCUCAUUAAUGGCUAUGGGAUUGAAGGAAGCUCCCAUCUCUAUGGUCUAUUCUCUGACACUGUUGUGGCUUAUGAGAUUGUUCUGGCAGAUGGGCGGGUAGUUAGAGCUACCAAGGACAACGAGUAUUCUGAUCUUUUCUAUGCUAUCCCAUGGUCUCAGGGGACUCUGGGCCUUCUUGUCUCAGCUGAGAUCAAGCUUAUACCUGUUAAGGAAUAUAUGAGGCUUACGUAUAAACCUGUGAAAGGUUCUCUGAAAGAUCUUGCUCAGGGAUAUAUUGAUUCUUUUGCACCCAGAGAUGGAGAUCAGGAUAAUCCCGACAAGGUUCCAGACUUUGUAGAAACCAUGAUUUAUUCUCCUCAUGAAGCUGUUUGCAUGACAGGCAGGUACGCCUCAAAAGAAGAGGCCAAGAAGAAGGGGAAUAAGAUAAACAGUGUUGGUUGGUGGUUCAAACCCUGGUUUUACCAGCAUGCAGAGACAGCACUGAAGAAAGGAGAGUUUGUGGAGUACAUUCCAACUAGGGACUAUUACCACAGGCACACUAGGUGUUUAUAUUGGGAAGGGAAGCUCAUCCUUCCAUUUGCGGAUCAAUGGUGGUUUAGGUUUCUCUUGGGAUGGUUGAUGCCACCCAAGGUUUCUCUGCUUAAAGCUACUCAAGGUGAAGCCAUCAGAAACUAUUACCAUGAGAUGCAUGUUAUUCAGGAUAUGCUUGUUCCUCUUUACAAGGUUGGAGAUGCGCUGGAGUGGGUCCACCAUGAGAUGGAGGUAUAUCCAAUCUGGCUGUGUCCCCACCGACUAUACAAGCUCCCCUGCAAGACGAUGGUUUAUCCUGAACCAGGAUUUGAGCUGCACCGCAGGCAGGGUGACACAAAUUAUGCUCAGAUGUUCACGGAUAUUGGAGUCUACUAUGCACCUGGGCCUGUCUUGAGGGGUGAGGUAUUUGAUGGAGCAGAGGCAGUGCGUAAUUUGGAGAACUGGUUGAUUGAAAACCAUGGUUUCCAGCCGCAGUAUGCUGUGUCUGAACUGACAGAGAAGAACUUCUGGAGAAUGUUUGAUGCUGAGCUCUAUGAGGAAUGCAGGAGAAAGUACAGAGCUGUGGGGAACUUUAUGAGUGUGUACUAUAAGUCUAAGAAAGGGAGGAAGACUGAGAAAGAGGUGCAGGAAGCUGAGCAAGCCAUCCUUGAGACUGCCUAUGCUGAAGUUGACCAGCCCAUGGAUUGA